GAAGUCAAGGCAAAAGAAGAAAGGAAGAGAUUGGUGGAAGAGCAGAAACGUGCUUUGAAUCUGCCUGCUGACACGGAGGUUGAGUACUUUGAUAGCGAUACCACGAAAAAACCAGAUGAUUAUGAAGGAGUGGAUGCAGAUUACCUAGAAAAGCACUCAUGA